CGUCGUAGACGACAAGCGGAAAAUUAAUAAAAAUACAACAAAUAUAUAUACACACAUUAAACAUAAAGGUACACAAAAUAAAUAAAUAGCAAUCAGAAUUACAGGAAAGAAUUGGAUACUGUGAAGGGUCUCUUUCCCAAUAAUUGUUGCUUCAUGUAAAUGGCUGCAUAACUUAUUUUCGAUUUGAUGCCAGCAGUUAAAUUGAAAUUGUAGUUUAAAAAAGAUGACCGUAAUGUUGAAGAAAUGGUAUCGUUCAAAGAAAUACAUAGUUAUCAUGAUAAUUGUAAUAGUUUUUUGCCUUCUUUAUUACACAAGCUUGGGCGAGAAUAUACCCCGCGAGCCAGACCUGGAUAUUACAAGGCAACCUAUGCCAGAUCGUAGUGCUGUCUGUAAUUCGGUUGCGGGGCCUGAUAACCCUGACAAAAGAGACUCUGUGAGACAAUAUAUAGAAAAUAAGUUGCAAGAAGCACUCAAAGAGGACAAAGGUACUGGAUGCGAAAUACCCAAACUGGAUCCAUUCGCGGCGGAGGUGACCCAAUUCGACAAGGACCUGCCCAAGGUCGUAUGCAAGGGCAGAGAUUGGGUCAAAUGUUUUCUUUCAGAGUGCAAAGUGGUUCCGGACAUAUUGUCGACUACCAAGGACAUAACCUGUACGUACAGAGACAUCAUAUACCACAGUGACAACGAGUACGUAUUGGGACCGCCGACUGACGUCCGGGAUGGCGGCGUGUACUACCUGACGAGAAGCGACCACGUCAAGAUCAAAUGCGUUGGCACGCAUCUGCAUAGCAUCCUUCCGUCGAGGUGGUCAGGUCAUUCGCUGGGAUUCCGGUCGACGGUGGCGGCGCCGCCCCCCGACCGCGAGGACGCUCUCGACGUGCUCAUAUUCGGGUUCGAUUCCACGUCGAAGAACGGCUUCAUAAGGAGUAUGCCGAAGAGCUACAAAUACCUGACCGAGGAGCUGAAUGGCUACGUUCUAGACGGGUACGGCAUACUCGGUGACGGCACGCCUGCCGCCUUAUUCCCCAUACUCACGGGCAAGAACGAGUUGGAGCUACCAGACGUCAGGAAGAAGACGAAGAACGGCAACACCUUAGACUGUAUGCCGUUCAUAUUCAACCAACUAAAGGGGGACGGUUACCGCACGGCAUAUUUCGAGGACAUGCCCUGGAUAGGAACGUUUCAGUACCGGUUUAAUGGUUUCCUCCAUCAGCCGGCCGAUCAUUACUUGAGGGCAUUCUACCUCGAGGAGUCCAACAGAGGCAAGAAGUGGUGGAGGGGCAGCAACAGCAAGUACUGCAUAGGAGACACUCCUCAGUACAAGUUAAUGAUGAACAUUACCGAUCAGUUCUUUCGUUUGGACGGCAAGAAGUUUUGCUUCACCUUCAUAGCGGACAUAACUCAUGACGACAUCAACAUGAUAUCGACAGCUGACGAUGACACUGUCGACUUCUUGAAGCUGUUCAAGGAACAAGGAAGGCUUGAGAAUACCAUGCUAUUCGUGAUGGGCGACCACGGACCCAGGUACUCGAAGGUCCGCAACACGCUGCAGGGCAAGCUGGAGGAGCGUCUGCCGCUGAUGGUGGUGGUCCCGGCGGCGCGGCUGGUGCGAGCGCGGCCCGACGUGCUCGACGCGCUGCGACACAACCGCGCCGCGCUCACCACGCCGCACGACGUGCACGCCACGCUGCUCGACGCGCUGCGCCGCCCCGCCCCGCCCCCCGCCUACACCGUGCCCGGCGCCGACCUGCCGCGCGCGCUCUCCCUGCUGCAGCCGAUCCCGCGGAACCGGUCGUGCAGCGAGGCGGGCAUCGAGCCGCACUGGUGCGCGUGCGUGCGCUGGAGCCCCGUGCCCCCCGCCGACCCGCUGCACGCCGCCGCCCCCCGCGCCCUGCUGCACUACAUCAACACGCUCACCGAGCCCAAAAGAGCGUCGUGCGUCCCCCGCACGCUGUCCGCAGUCCACUGGGUGUUGAGGGCCCACGCCAACAGUAGGGUGCUCUCCUUCAUCGAGGCCAAGGACGCGGACGGCUACGUGGGGAAGUUCGGAGCCAAGCUCAAGGUCAACAGGGAGAACUUGCAGGUCAAGAUCUCCGUUGGUCCCGGCGAGGGGAUAUACGAGGCCUCGCUCGCGUACCUGAGAAAGGAGGACAAGUUCCUCAUCGAGUCCAGAGACAUAUCCAGGACGAACGCGUACAACGACGAGCCCAGCUGCAUCAGCGCCACGCACCCCCACCUCAACAAGUACUGUUACUGCAAAACAUAGUACACUCACUAGUAACGAAUCUCGAAUAUAAAUUGAAAGAUGAGAUUUUCUAUUCAUCAUAAUACUAAUCAACAGUAACAGUGCUGGCACGGCUCAGCGGGACCGCGCGGGGUGUCGCCAGUACAGACGCAAAUAUUACUCACUAGACUUACUAGAUUGUGCUCGCAGUUAAAUCUACAUGUAUAUAUAAGA